UGGUACGUCGUCUGCACUCCCGAAAGAAAAAUAAAUUUCCUUAAUUUUGAUCCCGCGAACGAAAUAAGCAUCAGGACAAACGGUUGUGCAGCCCACGAUGGGAAAUACACGCGCAAGCACGCCUUGAAGAAGUCCAACUGCAUUGAAACACCGCCACGCCCCAUCUUGCCUUCGCCUGCUCUCCCAGCGGAAGAAAAGCGUCGGCGCAGUUGCCAGCAACAUACUCCUAGGACGACGGACACGCUCGAGCCCUGAACUCGGUAGGGGGCCGGCGGGCGCCUGCUCCCGGGCCGCCAAUCUGCUCAUCCAGCGCCGCCCCCCAUCAUCCCCAACCGGAGGUGUGUAAUUUCGAACUGCACUCUGUCGAGGCCAGCGCAGGUCGAUAUUUGUCAUGGUCAGCCGCCGACACGCCGUGGUACAUCCGUGCACUGCUCGUCCGUCUUUCCAUGCGCGGCUGUCCCCUUGGCCGUUCCUCCGAGCGCCGCCGGCCUGCUUUGACGCCGAGAUCCUCUUUACACCCAUCCCUAUCUGUGCAUCAUAUCUGGGCCAUAGCUGCCACAUAAGAUGCGGAAAUUGGUCGUUUCCUGGCAGCUUCGUGGCUGUUUGCUCCUGGUGACAGUCUGCUAUUGAACGAUCCCUCUCGUCAAUGAAUCAGGAUUUCAGUUCACAUCUCACCCUUAGGAAUUUACUUCCAUCGUGGUACUGUUAUUUGUGUCUUUAAAUGGAAGUGAUGCCUUCAUUAUGCUUGCGGUUCAUCAUAGGAUCAUUUGUCUGUGACUCUGAAAUCAGCAAGUGGAAAGGCAUCCUAGCUUCUUGUCCAUCACCACUGUCACAACAGGAGAUUUGUCCAUUUUAAUGGGAGCAAGGAUACGAUUUCAUCUGAGAUGUCAGGAGCAUUGAUCUGGAUAUGGUUUGCCCACUAAUGGUCAAGCUAGGCAGCUGUCCUAUAAGCCUUCUGAUUGCCAAUAGAGGUUUCUUAAUUAUAAUAACUACACCGCCAAGUUUGGUUGAUAUUCUGUCAAAUCUAUUCCUUGCACCGUUCUGUGUGGUCUUUAUGCUGUCAGCAUGUGCCGUCUUCUCAAAGACAUGCAUUGAAUUCUCUGUUUCAUCUGCCAAUGAUGUUUCUGAACAGCUAGAGGUCAGAAAGAAGGCAGUUGUGAUUAGGUUGGCUGAAGAGUUUAGGUUGAAGAAUGACCCUCGCUGCCACUCUCUACAUGAGUCGAAUUCCUUAAUACCUACCGAGCAUCACAAAUGUUUUGAAACUGUUCAACGACGAUAGCGACGCUAAUGCCAUCCAUUGGGAUAGGUUGCAACUCAACGCGUUGGACACCAGAAAUGGUUGCUGCAAGUAAUACAGGGUUGCCAUGCCUGAGAAGAAUGACUACCAAUUGUAUAACAAUAUCGCAUUGCUUGACAUCAACAGUGAUGAAGCUGAAGACAACAUUUGUGACGUUUGAUCAAGUGAAUUCAAAAGGCCUCCUAGACUAGAUCUAGGUGAAUAAUAAAUUAGUUUAACCCUUGCUUUCUGUCCAUGACAUCCAAUUUGCUUUACUGAAAUAUGCUUCAAGGAUAUUGGAAUCGUAAUGUUUUUUGGACAUAUAUAAAUUGCCAACCAAGAGCAUGUAUGCCCAAUACACUACGUAGCUUUAUAUUUUUCUAUAAACGUGUAUUUUCACAUGGAUCAUAUUUAUAUAUGAGACUAAAAA